GCGCUCAGGGCGCGCCCCGCCGCCGGUGGGCCGGGCAGGGCCGGGCGGCGCGGCUGCCAACGCGGAGGCAGCGCGGGCGAGGCGGCGGGUAUGGCUCCGUCAGCCACGGGCGGGAUCCCGCCGACCGCUCCUUCGCUGGGCCCGACGGCUGCCUGGCUGGGCAGCCCCCUUGCUCUCGAUAAUGCAGAGUUUCUUCAGACAACUACUUCGACAACUAAAACUGAUGGCAAGGCCGAACACCUAGAGUAUAUUGCCUUUGCACUGGUUCCUGUUUUUUUCAUCAUGGGUCUCUUGGGGAUCCUCAUCUGUCAUGUCCUUAAGAAAAAAGGAUAUCGUUGUACAACAGAGGCUGAACAAGUAGAAGAAGAAAAACUUGAUGAAAAAAUAGAAAUGAAUGAAACAUUACACGAGAAUAGCGACACUGUGGGUCAAAUUGUUAACUACAUUAUGAAAAAUGAAGCAAAUGCUGAUGUGUUAAAGGCCAUGGUAGCAGAUAGCAGUGUCUUUGAACCUGAAAGCCCUUUAUCUCCUACCUCUCCUGGGAGUCCAACGAGUCCAGGAUCUCCUUUAUCACCUGGUGCUGUUCCAUUUAAACACAGCUGCAAAGGCCAUCACUUCCAUACUGUUGGAGGAGUGGUAGAAAAGGAUGUUUGUACUCGUUGUAGCCACAAACGAUGGCAUCUUAUAAAGCCAGCACACAAAUCUAAAGAGCACAGAAGAAGUCGUCUUGGAGAAGUCACAGUCCUUUCUGUGGGAAGAUUUAGAGUCACAAAAGUGGAGCACAAAUCGAAUUCCAAGGAACGGAAAAGCUUAAUGUCGGUUACUGGUGUGGAGAGUAUCAAUGGCGAUAUGCCUGUCACGCCUGCAAAACAGGAAGUGAGUGAAGCAUCUGCCAUGCCAGUGAAACAGGAGAUGCAGGAGAGGAGAAGCUUGGAGUAAACUGCAGGUAUCAAACAUUGGGAACUCAUUGAAAGCGGUGGAACUUUUAGAAGAAGCUUUUUCUGCUAGCACUUUGAAGAAAACUGAAAACUCCCAAGAGAUGCAUACAGUUUUUGGCACUGUAGCAUUUUGCAAGUUCUGUGAUGGCAUCCAUGCGAGGUUAAACACUUAGUGGCUUUUCACCAGUAAAAUCAGUAAGAUUUAGACACUUAAAUACUGUUGUGUUGUGUGGACCUCGUACCAAAUGUUGGGCUUCAUCUUGGAAAGAAAAAAUACAUGUAAGUCUUUGGACAGGAAAGGUAAAAGCCUUAUCAAAUAAUCUUCUUUUUUGUACUUAAACAAGCAUUUUUAAUGAGCUCAAUAUUAUGAGUAAUAUGAUUACCCUAUGGAUAAACUGUGUUUAUCCCUCUGGUCCAUCUGGAUUUUUUUUGCCUCUGUUCUUCCCCUCCAGAAUUGACAAGUGUUUGCUGAAGAUAAAAGCCAGCCUUUGGAAGAUGAAAAUACUCUUUUAAUCUAACUGCUAGUAGCCAAGCAAAACAUACAAGGAAAUAAUUGUCAGCCAAAAUCUGCAUAUGUGCCUUUAGUACAUAAGCCCUCAGACUCUGUGAAGGGUAUUUCACAGUACAGAGUGGUUCAACUAUAUACAGAUGUUAAAUUAAAUUGUUGCCUCCUUGCCCCUUACUUCCCACUUAGUACUUAACAUAGGCUGAAGAACAUCUUUUUCUAUUUAGUUGGGUGAGCUCUUGGGAAGGUUACUUUCCUCAAGGCCACUUGUUCUCCUGUUUUCUUCUAACUACUCACUCAUAUUUGAAGAAUGCCUAAUAGUUUUGCCUUUUUUUCUUUUUUUUUUUUUUUUUUUACCCACAGGUUCCUUAUUAAGCUAAGGCAACAUAUUCAACCAUUAGAUAAGGAUAUGGAAUAUUUGGCGUUAAAAAUUUAUGGAGUAUAUUCUAGACUAAUUCUGAGUGGCUUUACUGGACUGAGAGUAGCUGUUUUCACUGGCACCAAAAUCUUUAGCCAGUGUCACUCCGUUCAUAUUUUAAGUGUGACUUACUGCUAAACAUACCAGGGAUGGUUUUGUGAUUUUAAUUUUUUUGUCUACUUAUGAUCUCUGCUUUGUCCUGUUACUUGGUUUUGGAAGGGAAAUAUUUGCAAUACUUAGCAAACUUUGCUGUGUAAUAGAAACUGAAAAAUAACAUUCUGAGUGCCUAAGAAUAUAAGCUCUAAUGUAAUGCAUUUUAGUAGAGGUUGCACUAUAUUCUGAGAACUAUAAAGUAACUUAAUCUGCUUUAUGAACUCAGUGAAAAUCGUUGUUUUGAAAUUGAUUUGUUUUAAAUUAAUACUUUCAAUCCUUUUAGUUGAAGUGCUCUAAACUUUCUCCUUCAGAUCUGAGAGUCUGGUUUCUUCAUCAGUUUAUGCAAUGUUAACAAUCAAUGUGCACAAACAUAAAAAUUAAUCUUCUUACGUAUUAGAUACUUCCACGUCUUGUCAAGGAUAAAUCAAAGUUGUUUUACUCUUGCUGAAAGUAUGUACAUCUGAUUGUCUUCCUUCUACUUGUAUCCAUGAAAUACUGACUGGACUUAUCAAUAUAUACUUUUCACCAAUGCUGUAUUUGCCAAUAUAGCACUCCACCAAAGCUCUGAAAGAAUAAGCGGUUUAUUAUUCUUUUUAAAAUGGGUAUUUUUAGGGAUAAUGUCCAUCCUUGGGAACUCAAAAUAACUCCUUGGUCAGGACUGGAUCUUGCAUGUUUAGUGUCCCUGCUUGCAUUAAUUUAAACCUGGCUUAUGAAAUCUCUUCAAUAUUUUUAAGUAUAACAUAAACACCAAGCUCACCUUAUACAGGCAUAUGCAUUUAAUAUUCUUGUAUUUUUGUCUUCUUCAAGCCUCACUUGAUUAUUUGCAUGAAGAGCUAAUACUUCUGGAAUUUAAUUAGCUCCGGUUAUAGUAGUUAGCUUUCAGUUUCCAAGAGAUUGAGAGCUAUGAGUAUAAAAUGUUACUGGAAAAAGGGAGUAUUGGGCAAAACCAGGCAGUUCAAAUAAUUUUCAGAAAGAAGAUACACAGUUAUAGACUGUCCCAAAAGCUUUAAAAAAAAAAGUGUGGGGGAGGGCAUUUUGAUAAUACUGUGUUUUGAUAUGUGAUGGGUUAGUACUGCAAGUAAAUUUGCCAAAGGAUGGAAAAAAGUUUAAACAGAAAUACAUAUUUUUUACCUAAUUUAAAAGUAGUUUCUAUUUUGAUUCCAUUGGAAAUAUGUAGAAUAAAAAAAAGAACUUGUGUUGGAUAUGUAAAACAUUGUUUACCUGUACAAAAUACCUAAGGUAUUACAAGACGUGAUAUGUGCAAGAACUUAAUUUGUGCAUUGAUACUUCAAUAAGAGGAUUUAGAAACUCUGCCUGUUUCAUUGCAUUUAACACUACACUAUUUGGUAGGGGUGUGGAUAUUGACACAAUUAGUUUGCCUUUCUUAAAUUUGCAUAUCGGAUGUAUUUUUAACUAAAAGGUUUAUAUACAACUUUUGUACUGCCAAGCAGUAAAUAAAAAAUAUUGGUUCUUAA